UAAGCAAAUGUAUUACCAGAUAGGGAAGUGUUGCCUGAUUUGGGAUUAUGCAAAUGUUGCACAAUUACGAAACAGCCCCUCAUAUGCAAAUAGAAAAAGUGACCGGUGGAAGUGUGCAAGUUGUGGCGGGAGCUGGAGGAAAAAGUUGGGAGGGACCACGAACGUGGGAGCAUGAACGCGCGAAGCAACAACUGAACGACGGAAGCGAGGUAAUGAAGAUAAAUGAAUUUCGAAGCUGGGUCAUCUUGUGGGAAGGAGCUUUUCUGUUAUUUUCAUAUGGGGGGAAAUUUGUGACAAAUGGUGAAGGUGAAGUGAGAUAUAAUGGAGGUGGCGUGAGGUUAAGAAGCAUUAAGGAUGGGCUGACACUUGAUGAAUUGAGGCUAAUGAUAUCUGAGUAG